AUGGAGGACAGAGCUGGUCAGCGAGAGCAAGACAGACCCAGCCUUCGUCUGGAAAAGCUACAGCACUGGGCCAGGCACAGGCUGAGUGGGCAUCUCUUGGUGCUGGCGGUGAGCCAGCUAUGGCUGGCAGUGGCUGUGGUGCCCUUUGGUAUCUCAGUUGCCUGCCUGAACUCUGCUUGUCACAUGGCCACAGCACUGCCACUUGGGCCUGGCGUACUGGGUCUCCUCACUGGGAUUAUAACCCUUGAGCUGCGCAGAGCACCCCGUCUUUGGAAGGUGCACGCCAUGAUGCUAUUCAACACCUUCAAUCUGAUCUUGGGCUUCAUCGUGUUGGUGGUCGAAGUGGUGAAGACAGCCUUGAUGUCUGCCCCAACUGUCCCCUCCCAGCUAACCGGCUUGCUGGUGCUGGAGCUCAGUGCUGAGGCCUUCACCCUAGGGGGAGUGCUGGUCUCAGCAUACUCCCUGUUCCUGCUGAGCCAGAGGAAGCCAGGAUGCUGCUGGAGCCAGAGUCUGCACUACCAGGAGCUGCAGGAGGGUCUCUCAGAAUUAGAGGAAGUUCCUGAUUUGGAGACUGGUCCCACGGUGGCUAGCGGAGCAAACAGAACAAAUGAGUGAGCUGGCAAGGGGAAGCAGACAGGUGUUGCUUUCCUACCUGUUGGGAGCAUUCUCCAGACCCUCCUGCACCCCAUCCCACCGAACUCAAACUAGAUGGAGUCCCCUGAGACCUACUUGAAGUCUGGUGGAGUGCCUUCAAUCUUCACUCAGACUAGGCCCCUUUCUUUUUCCUCCCGUGCUGCGGAAAGCAAUACCUAGACCGAGUUUUAAACCACCUCACCGCCCUGAAAAUCUGCCCGCCUGCAGGAUAUCCUUAAAUCAACUUCCAGCUAGACUCAUUUUCUCCCUUCUAUCCUCACCCUCCUUCCCCACUGCCUCCCCAUCCUGCUCCACAUGUGCCUCAUCUCACUAUUUCCAAGAUUUCCACUUUUCACAAUCCCAUCCACUAAAAACCCGUACAC